CCAAUGCGGUUCCACAAGGUCCUAUCAUGGAGGACCUCUCAUGGAAGACCAAAGUAAAGGUGCUCGCAGACGCGUCCACGCGGCGCAACCAACCUCAGUUGCCAGAAGAGUCAGACUCUAAAGAUGAGGGUAGCAUGAAGUUGAAACUCUUCAGACUUAUGUACGAAACCGUAAGAGACAGCGACUUGAAGGUCAAAAGAGCGGAGCUGAUGCGUGGACACUAUACCAACAAUCAUGCAUUUGAUAUUGGUUUCAUCAUGGGUGAUAUAACAGAGAAGUUUACAGUAAUGAAAGACGUGGCAGCUACUAUCAAACAACUGUACGCGGAAUGGUUGCCCAUCGAACACAUCAACGCAUACGAGCACAUCGCCAACAAAGCAAUAGAGAUCAGCAACUUGAUUGAUAUGAUUCGAAUCAUUGAUAAAAAGAAUAUCGUGCGAAAGACGAGAGAUUAAACUAUUACGACUUCCGUGAGAAAAAUUGAUGUAAUAACUUUAUUUAUUGAAAAAUCGGCUUCACAUGAUCAUCGUCGGUGCACAACACACCCCCCGUCUUGCCAAUCCGUAGUGUGAGACGGGAAGGGAAUGACCUACGAAUUGUCUAAAUCUAGUCGGUACCAAUAGAGUAAAUUAAUAUCAUCAAUUAAAACCCACAGGGUCUGGCAACAUUGAAUCAAAUUUGAUUGAACGAUCUCUCAGACAUCGAUGUCUGAAACCUCAUUGGUGGAAUGUUAGACCAUGCGGUUUUCAGAUCAUAGGAAGAAAGGCAUUAGUUUCUAAUAUUAAUGAAACAAUAUUCCUAAAUGCUGAUCAAUUUGAAAUGGAAACGCUAUAGAAAUUUUAAUUACCUAUUCGUUAAAAGUCACUUUUAUUGUUGACCAAUCAGAGCAAAGCAUUUAGCGUGAAUUUUAAACUUGCUUAGUUCGAAUAUAAAUCACUGUUACAUACCGAUGAAUCUUGAGCCGAUUUAUAAGAUAAAACAAUAAA